AUGACGCUCCUGUUUGGGACGUACGAAAAGGCAAGGCACCGCGUCGCCCAAACGGAUCAACUGACAGUUCUCCGUGGAAAUCUUGCAAGACCCCCUGCCGAGGCAUUAUACUCCAUUGGCGAUCGGAGAUACACAGAUGGGGUGAAGUAUCGAGUCUUUCUCACAACCCUCUCCGAGUCGGCGCAGAGAUGGUUCCGAAGACUGCCAGAUGGAUAUAUACGCAACUUCAAAGACUUCCGGGCUGCCUUCUUACAUCAGUUCGCCAGCAGUCGACGCUAUCAGAAGACAAGUGUCAGCCUCUUCUCCAUGAAGCAAGGAUCGAAGGAAACACUCCGAGCGUACAUCCAACGCUUCAAUAAGGUGGCCAUAGACAUUCCAUCGGUCUCAUCCGAGACCAUGAUGAAUGCCUUCACCCAAGGGUUCGUCGAGAGAGAAUUCUUCCGGUCGGUUAUCAGGAAGGCGCCUAGGGACUUCGACCACCUACUCAGAAAGGCCAACAAGUACAUAAAUGUGGAAGAAGCCCAAGCAGCAAGGAAGAAGGAAGCACCGACCGAGCCUACACUGGCACCCAAGCGACAUCCGAUGAAUAGCCACCAACCGCCUAGGGGGCCAAAAGUAGAGGCAGCACGGCCACACCAGGAGGCCCGGACGCAUGCUGUGCAACAUGUGUCCGCCGAUCGACAGAAGGCGUCAAGAGGCAAGGUGUGGACGCCAAUGUUUUGUUCCUUUCAUCAGUCAGCGGUGUACAACACGCAAGACUGCCGCGGUCUGACGUCGAUCGCAAGCCGACUGGCACUCUGA